AUGCUACGCGUGCCAUGGCUUGGGGCUAUCGUCCUGACGUCAAGCGGCAGCUUAUCAGUGCUCGCAGACUACUCGACAGUUGAAAUCUACACGGACGCCAACUGUAAAUCGAUUCCCUUGGUAGUAACUCUCGAAAUGACCAACUCGACUUGUACGACGAAUGAUGCGUGCAUUGCCACGGAGAUUAAUGACUCGGCCUACUACUUUGCACAGCGAUGCGCGACCGACCGGCUCAAGUACACCUCAUCGUUAUUUACUGGUGCCAAGUACCUGAUGAUUGACGGCUUCACGAAAGAAGGCUGUCAGUCGUACGCGCGUUCAAACGUUUUCCUUGCUGCCGGAACGUGCCAACUCGCGUCAUACGUCGGUACACGCAGUGGAAUCGCGACACUCUUCAAUGACGGAUCGGCAUUUAUGACUAUCUACAACGACGCAGCGUGCGGUACCAAGGCACAGACGUUCGACCUUAAUGCCUCCACCAUUCGCGAUCAUACGUGCUACCGGGGCUACAACAAGUUCUACACGUCGGAACACACAGGUAUCGAUUUGGAGAGUGCUUCUAGCGACAGCGGCUAUACUAGGACUACAACCAUGUCCACGAACAAAUCCAAGAUGGGCACGGGUGGGCUGCUCGGUAUCGUGCUUGUAUGUCUAUUAAUCGUGGUCCUUCCUGCUGUGCUGAUCUAUCGCAAGGUGCGCCGAACAAAGCAAAAGGAAAAGCGUGACAGCCCUCGCACUCAAUCUCGCGAUGUUGCAUUGGCUAGUGACAAGUUCGACAACGAGGAGCGAUAUGCUCCAGACAUGUCUCCCAAGGUUGACUCGAGAACUACUUUUAGCUCGCAAAUAAAAGGAUCGGCACCAGUCCGGCGUGAUAUUGAGCUAUCCUAUGAUCGUUUGCGUAGUGAUGGGCAGCGCGAAACUCCUGUGCACUUCCAAAAGGACGAACAGCGGAGCAGAAAAUUACGGGGUGAAGAACGAAGAAGUGGAGGCAGGUGGCACAGUGAAAGUUUUCGAGGCGACUCCGUUGGUUGUAACGACCAACUGCAUCCGAACGAGCUUGGCACUACCUCGAUGCGCGAAAAUCGGCUGCAACGGGAGGGUUUGAGUAAUAACCCAGCGCACAGCAACUCGAUCUAUACUUACUGCCCGUCAAGUGAACGCAUGCACGAAGAGAGUCAGCGGAAUGAGAGACAACGCGUGGAUGACCAGGUGAGAAGCCCUCAAGGAUUUAGCAACAUCGUAAGGAGUGGUCGGAUGCAAAUUGUCGAUCUGCACAGUCCUCAACUCCCCAAUGAUCCUGUACAGAGUAAUGGGGUUCAUGGUACAGAAGAGCGAUCUGGGCAGCCUAUUCACGCUCAAAAAUUGCGUGGUCCAGUUACUGCAGAUAGUGUCUGUGAAGACGACGUCAUUUUGUCUUCCCGAAUCCCACGAGACAGCGUCUUUGUGGAAAACUUGAUCGGUCGUGGAGGAUAUGGCGAAGUGUACAAGGGCACGUACAAUGGCAGGGUGGUCGCCGUAAAAAUGCUGUUCCCGGAGACGCGUAAAAGCACAAGACACGUGACCGAAUUUCUGACUGAGGUUAAGAUGAUAGCGGUCAUGGACCACCCCCGUGUCGUAGAAUUUGUUGGUGUGUCGUGGAACAACUUGAUGGACUUGUGUGUCGUGACCGAGUAUAUGGCAGGAGGUGAUUUGCGGGCAUGGUUGAGUGACCGCGCAGAUAACAAUGGUCUCGUUGGCUUUGACUAUACGAAAAUGAAGAUUGCAAUGCACGUUGCCCACGCGCUUGCCUAUUUGCACUCGCUGACUCCAUCAGUGAUCCACCGUGACUUGAAAUCAAGAAACAUCUUACUGAACGAGAAUCAAGACGCCAAGUUAGCUGAUUUUGGUGCGUCUCGUGAGCGAGUAGACCGCACAAUGACGGCAGGAGUUGGCACGUCGCUGUGGAUCGCGCCGGAAGUGAUGAUGGGAGAACGAUACGAUGAGAAGGCAGACAUGUUUUCAUUCGGUGUAGUGCUGUCUGAAUUGGAUUCUCAACAGACCCCAUACACUCACGUAAAGGAGAACAACCCAACAGGACGGAAGAUGCCCGAAACAGCCAUCCUUCAGCUAGUGGCCAUAGGCAAAUUACGUGUAGAAUUCUCUCCGGGGGCUCACAAGGGAGUCGUGCAGCUUGGCAUAGCAUGUACGGUAAUUGAUCCAACGGAGCGGCCAACUGCAGCUGAAGCGCUUCAAAAGCUCCAGGUGAUUCUUGGAAAAGAGGCCAAGAGAGUUGGCAAAGCGAAAUGA